UUUUUUGAAUUUUCUUAAUAUUUAGUUAGAUUUGAGUUCUGUUACUGGUGUACCCGAAGAACAUGUCAAAACUCGUCUGGUGAAAAUCAGCAAAGCUACCAAAAAUGUUAUGCAAUCCGGUACUGAUAAUACUCACAAUUGGGUGAUGGAAUUUGACAACAGAGAGCGUUGGGAAAAUCCAUUAAUGGGUUGGACAUCAACUGGUGAUCCAUUGUCAAACAUGAAGUUAGAGUUUGGUGAAAGAGCCGAUGCCAUCAAUUUUUGUGAGAAAAAUGGUUGGAAAUGGUACUUGGAAGCAGAGCAAAAGAGCAGGCCCAUAAGAUCUAAGUCUUAUGCAAAUAACUUCUCAUGGAACAAACGUACAAGAACUUCUACCAAGUAAACAUACAAGAUGUUUGUGUUAUAAAUUUAUAAUAGUUAAAAUAAUAACUGUAAAAAAAACAUAUAUAUAUUUAWWUAUCAAUGUAAAACUCAUACUAUAGUGUAAACUAGACACAGAAUUUUUAUAGGGUAUAAAAUAUAAAACUAAUUUGUUGAAA